AUGUCUGAAGUACAGGGAACGUUGGAGUUUUCUGUAGAGCUGCACAAGUUUCACAAUGUGGAUCUCUUCCAGAGAGGAUUCUACCAGGUCCGAGCAGGGCUGAAGGUCUCUCCUCGUGUACCACACAGGUUGAUAGCAACAACACCAGGGAAUGCAGGUGACUGUAGUUUCAGCUCUGCGGCGGUCCAUGAUGGGGUCCAUGAGGACACUACGGUGUUCAGCCGGAUCUUCCAGAUCCUCUACCGAAACGAAGAGGUCAACGUUGAUGACCGCAUGCUCUUCAAGGUCCACUUGCUGCUGGACGGGGAGAGGGUGGAAGAGGCUCUGAGUGAAGUCGACUUUCAGUUGAAGCUGGACCUUCACUUCACAGACAACGAGGAACAGUUAGGGGACAUCGUGACGGUCCCAGUCAUCAGCAGUAGAACCCUGGGUCUCCACUUCCACCCCAGGAGAGGUCUCCACCACAAUGUACCUGUGAUGUUCGACUACUUCCACCUGUCCGUCAUCUCUGUUUCCAUACACGCAUCCUUGGUGGCCUUGCAUCAACCUCUCAUCAGUUUUGCCCGUACAGGGAAGAGUUCCUGGUUGGGGAAGGGCUCUCCAGAGAACGGUACUGACGCGUCGGCCAUGGGGGUAUCCAUGGAGAACCUGAUGUUUGGGGCUGGAUACUGCAAACCUGUCAUCACAGAGGGUAGUUUCUACGUCCCUAGUGAGAACUGUCUUCAGAGAGCUCACACGUGGCAUGGUAGACUCUGUCGCCUCUUACUGGUGGUACACCGAGGCGUACGCUCCUACUACACCACUCUGAUGAAGGAGAUACCACAGCUGGACCAAGUGGAAAUAGAGGAGCUACCUGUGGAAGAAACAUUAAAUCAGCUCACAAUAGAAUUACAGCUGCAGGGGGGCCAUGAGAAGGUAGCAGAACAGAUCAGUAGAAAUCUCACCCUGCUCUGCUCCCAGCUGUCGGCUUUGUGGACCCGCUUCCUGGAGGCUGCCGUACCCAACACACAUAUCCUGGCCCACCUGGCCCAGGAACACCACACACUCAGGGUCAGGCGGUUUUCAGAGGCAUACUUCUUCACAGAACACCCCAAAGAGACAUCCCUGACAUUUCAAGAGGACCUGAUCAACAGACACGGCCAGAUAGCUGUGGAGGUGCGUAACUCCAACUACCUGACCAGGAUGCCACCGUUACCUGUAGAGUGCCUGGACAUUGACGGAGACUGGAACAGCCUGCCUAUCAUCUUCGAAGACAGAUAUGUAGAGUCUCCACGGACAGAUUGGGGAUCAUAUGCACCAACACAUCUGCCCACCAGUGAGCAGACCAUCCCCAAGCCUCCUGUCAAUGAUGCAAACAUUAGUCUUCCUGCCCUGGACCAGCUCGCCAGCUCACCAGCAAUACCAACCAAGGAGCCUAAAGACAGUGAGGCUACGUACAGGUCUCUCAUAGGAGAGCAGAGCACCAGCAUUAUUACUGACAAGAUGGGUUCUUCAUCUAUUGAGACUCCAGACCCAGACCAGGCAGGAACAGACCGGGGAGAGCCAGUCCAGCCAGGGGAUCCAGAGGAGCAGACUGAGACAGAGGAGAUCUCAGAGGAGAGCCCUGGUUUAGGCCUGAGGUUCCUUACAGUCAGACCCACUGAUGCGGAUCUGUUCAGAGGAGAGGCAGUGCUGAUGUUCUCCUCCAACCACAAACACUGUACAGACCCACAACAUACUUCUAACAGUGAAGACACGACUUGGAAAGACUUGGAGAACCACCAGGACAUCAUCACACAGAGAUACCAGAACAUUAUCAGUACAGGAAUUGACUUGGAUGUAGAAGAGAAGGGCGUUGCUAUAGACAGCGACAGCAAGGAUGUUCCUCUGAGCAAUCUAACCACUAACCCCCAGGCUCCACUCAAAGAUCAUCCCCUCACGCCCCCUCUACCUACAGACCUGAGGAGAGAACUGGCCAACCGAGGGGUGGGGGUUGGUGGCUCCAAGAUCCUAAACCGCUCCCCCUCCGUCAUCUCCGACUCUGGCAUCGAGAGCGAGCCCAGCUCGAUGGCCUGGCCCCUGGACGUUUAUCGGACGGGAGGAGGGCGCCCUCUGGAAGAGAGCCUGGUACUGCAGCGCCUGGCGAGGAGACACCCGGCCCACCGCAGUUCCCUGGAGGGCCUGCAGACAGAGAGCGGAAACAGCGGGGGCAGCCUGCCCAGUGGAGGGGGUGGCAGCGCUGGCAUCCAGGCCUCCCUCACCUCCAUCUCCUCCCUGCCCUACGAGGACGACGAGGAACAGAGGAACCAGCUCAGUAAACUGACCAAGUCUGUCUCAGCUCCUCAGAUCUCCAGCCCUGAGGACACAGAGGAGGACAAGGGGGGAGCGGAGGAGGAGGUAGACACGGAGAGCGAGGGGACCAGCGGGUACCAGGACCAGGAGGAUGGAUACACUACCAUCUCCACUGCUGCCACUAAUGUAACGACUGGGGGUUUGAUCAGACACCUGGAGUCCUUAUCCGAGGUUAACCACUCCUCUCUGGAAGACAUCCAGGAGGGAGAGCUGCCUGAGGUUGGUCUGUUUGACUGGGGAGCAGCUCCCUCACCACCCCAGCAGGUGACCAGAGCUCAUCAGGAGAGUGGUUGUGAUCUUAAAGAAACUCUUAGAUCUAAUGAAUCUGCUCUGCCAGAGGCCCUGUCAGACACUCAGGACAUGAAGGCAGUCUUAAGUGGCAUUAGUCGAGUUCCUGAAGUCUUGUUGUUCCAACAGUAUGUUGAAGGUCAUGAUGACGUGAAGGAUCCAGCUAUAGUCCGUCAGAUGGAGGAUAAGAACCAUCACAGAGGAGAUAGCAGUGGUGUGUUAAACUCAGUUGACCCAGGUCUCUGUGAAGUAGAGAUUGCCCCCUGUAGCUGUGAGACCAAACCCUGUGAACAUGACAGCAGUGUGCUGGUGGAUGAUGUGAAGGAUAAUCCAGUCAGGGAUGACUGUCAGAGUCUCCAUCAGAUUGGGUUGAACGACCUUGUUGACCAGGAACGGCUGGAUCAUCACCAGACUCCGUCCCAGAGCCUCCAUCGGGUCGGGUUGCGUGACCUAGUGGUGGUCACACAGAGGAAGAGCCUCCAUGACCCCAGGCCUAUCCCCUCUAUCCCCAACCACACAGAGAGACCCAUCCACCUCCUAGGCCUUAUUGCCAAUGAUACGGCCAGGCCUGAUGACCUCAUAGGGCUCCCGGCCAAUGAGAGAGAGCAGCUGGAUCUCAACGGUCAGACCAAGUCGGCUAAGAUCCCCAGUAGCUCGGGGUCAGGGACGGGCUCGGGGUCAAGCUCAGGGUCAAACUCAGGGUCAGGCCUGUCCUUUAUGAACAGGAAGAUGGUGGAGGUGGUGAAUAUGUCUGUGUCCUGCGCUCCGACCUGUCUUCCCUUCUCCUCCGUUGUCCGGGACUCACCGUCCAUUAGCGGCAUCUCCACUCGACAAGCCGCAUCCCCCAUUACCCAUCAGCCCCUGGGCUCCUUCGGCAUCAUCUCUUCGUCCUCGUCCAAUGCCCUGGGGCCAGAUGACGAAACAAACGAGAGGAUGCUGCAUUUCUACAGGUCCAAAGAGGAUCUGGUGAAGGAGCUGGUAUUCCAGGCAACCCUGUACAGUGACCUCCCUCACCUGGCCUCCGACCUGCCCUACUUCCCCCCUGAGGAGGAGGAUGAGGAGUUUGAGGAUGGCAUACACCUGGUCGUCUGUGUCCACGGCCUUGAUGGCAACAGUGCAGACCUUCGCCUGGUGAAGACCUUCAUAGAGCUGGGAUUACCAGGGUCCAGACUGGACUUCCUCAUGUCUGAGAGGAACCAGACUGACACGUUUGCAGAUUUUGACACCAUGACGGACAGGCUACUAGACGAGAUUAUCCAGCACAUUCAGCUGUACAACCUCACCAUUGGACGGAUAAGUUUCAUCGGUCACUCUCUGGGGAACGUGAUCAUCCGGUCUGUUCUGACGAGGCCUCGGUUCCGCUGUUACCUGAUCAAACUGCACACCUUCCUGUCUCUGUCCGGACCACACCUGGGAACGCUGUACAACAACAGCACGCUGGUCAGCACAGGUCUGUGGCUGAUGCAGAAGCUGAAGAAAUCCGGAUCGUUGCUGCAGCUUACCUGCAGAGAUCAUACCGAUCCUCGGAAAACUUUCCUCUAUCUCCUCAGCCAGAAACCAGGGCUCCAGUUCUUCAAGAAUGUGGUGUUGGUGGCAUCGCCUCAGGACAGAUAUGUUCCCUUCCACUCUGCCAGGAUAGAGAUGUGCAGGACUGCACUCAAAGACAGGACCACAGGUCCAGUGUACACAGAGAUGAUCAACAACCUGCUCCAGCCGUUGGUGGGGGCUAAAGACUGUCGUCUGAUUCGCCAGAAUGUGUUCCAUGCCCUGCCCAACACCGCCAACACUCUGAUUGGCCGAGCCGCUCACAUCGCCGUGCUCGACUCUGAACUCUUCUUGGAGAAGUUCUUCCUGGUAGCAGGGCUCAACUACUUUAAAUAG